UUGUGUUCGCUCUUUCGGUGUAAUCCGCAUUCGAUCAAGCGAAUUGGUGGCGAUAUCACAUGAUAGUAAACCACAAAUGUGGGGAAGAUCGCCCAAUUUCCUACGAGUGAACUCAACCGAUCGGAACACAUCGUCUCUUUUCUCCCGAUCCCCCCAUUCACAACGUACCUUCAGUCAUGACAAGAGCUGCAGGCGCAUACAUACGCGCAGUUGCGCUCCAGUGUGCAGGACGCAGCAGGAUCGUUGCCUCACAGACUCAUCUUCGCAACUCACGACAAACACUCUCCACUCUUUCAGCGUCUCGUCGCAACAAUCUUUUGUCCCUGACUGCAACCCAGCAGCUCUCCUACAGUUCGACAUGCGCUGUGCUCAGGCCUUAUGCGUUCAAUAGCACUCCAUUAAUAUCCAGCAGGAUCCUCUCACUCACAAAUACCAGGCGCUGCAUGGCUACAGCAACGCCUGAGCCGGAUUUGAAGCAGGAAUUGAACCCCGCGGGUCCAAUGGCUGUUUAUAACGGCUUGCUGGCGCAGGGAUCCCUCAAGGCGGACGCCUACCAACGGACGAUUAUUGAGACGUUGCAGGAGAUGCACGAUCGACUCAUGGCGUACAACCCUGCACCGAUUGUCCACGGGGGAAAUGCACCGGAACAGGAGCACAAGAAACGUGGCGUUUUCUCCAAGAUCGCCAACAUGUUCAACAAAAAGGAAGAAGAAAGACUCGCCAGGGAGGCAGAGGAGAUUCGCAGGGCAGCCAUUCCAAAGGGACUGUAUCUCUACGGCAAUGUCGGCACUGGAAAGACGAUGCUCAUGGACUUGUUCUACAACUCUCUUCCCAGAUCGGAUAAGAAGCGCAUUCACUACCACAACUUUAUGCUUCAGUUGCAUGGACGGCUCCAUAAUCUGAAGAUGACGACCCAUAAACACAGCGAUGCCAUCCCCUUCCUGGCAGAUUCUCUGGCCAUGGAGAGCCGAGUGCUUUGUCUGGACGAGUUCCAAGUUACGGAUAUUGCGGAUGCGAUGUUGUUGCGGAGACUCCUGGAGGAACUUGUGGUGCAUCGCGGAGUAGUCCUAGUAACGACUUCGAACAGACAUCCCUCAGAAUUGUACAAGAAUGGAAUCCAGCGAGAAAGUUUUCUGCCGGGAAUUGCGGUUCUAGAGGAAAACUGCGUGGUCAAAUGUCUGGAUGGUGGAAUUGAUUACCGGAGAGAAAAGAAGACGUUUUUCCAGUCCGCAAAGCCCGUCGACAGGAGCAAGUUGAGCUCCUCGAGUGAUCUGCCAAAAAUCGUCCAACAACCUGUGAACCUGGUGGAGGAAAAGAGGUUCUUUUGGCCGUUGGGAUCGCAGACGAAAUCAGAGGUUGACGAAUACUUCAAGAAGAUCCGUAAUGGACACUCGGUACAGGAAAGACGAUUUAAUUUCCUGGGACGGGAGCUGGUGUUGCCACACACUGCAGGAAAUAUUGCUAUGUGCUCCUUUGAUGAACUUUGCGCCAGAUCUUUAAGCUCAGCAGACUAUUUGACCCUUGCAGGAAGCAUCGAUACCCUGAUCCUGACUGAUAUCCCAAAACUCAAGCCCACGACAUUACAUCGCAAUGAGACCCGUCGUCUGAUUACACUCAUCGAUGCGUUAUAUGAACUUAACGUAAAGCUGGUCUGUUCUGCAGAUGGUCCCAUCUCUGAGAUCUUUGGAGGUGGAUCGGGCGCACACUCGGCAGAUGAGGAUCCUUCGACCAUGGGACAGUUGACCCCGGCUCAGCGACAGAUGAUGGAUGAUCUGGGGCUGAACGACGUCUCGCAGGUCAAGAAGAGUCCCAUUUUUUCAGGUGAAGAGGAAAAGUUUGCGGUGCAGCGCGCAGAGAGUCGACUGAUCGAGAUGCAAGGACCAGGAUGGGGCCUUUAGAGCUGUGGACAGGAACUAGGUGUUAUGUGCAAAAAAAAGAAGGAUAGAAAAAAAAAAUCAUUAUUUAGAAACCAUCUCGCUGCCAGUAUAGACCUUGUUUUUAAAGAAUAUACCAUCCUUACCACAUG